UUCGGACGAUCCAUUCUAUCGAUAUUUUGUUUAUAUUAUUGUUGAUUUGUUUGGUUGGUUUAGGUUUGUAAUCUUUUGAAUUGAAUUUGAUUUCUUUGCAGUUUCGAGGAUUUGAUGGAUAUUGUUAUUUAGUUUCAUAGAAAUCAAAAUAACGAAAUAAUAGCGACUCCGAUAUAUUCAACUGGGCACUUAAUGAUUUUAAUUUCAUCAUGGCUGAUGAAGAAGUUGCUGAAGAAGAGGUAGUGUCUGUUGGAGGGCCAUUAGUAAGUGAGACCUUGAUCAGCCCUGCUGGAGCUGAGAAGCCUCUAGCACCACCAAAAUAUGAAGUGCGCCCAGGACUUGGUGAAAAGUUCCAGGCAGAAAAUGUUAGAGAAAUCAUCCUGCAGACGAUGCAAGCACAGCUAACUGGACGUCAGUACAGGGCGGACCAGGCAGCACACUGGUCCAAAGUCAUAGCCAAUGCGGUCAGGCAAAAAGUGCAAGAGCUGGAUAUGAAACGGUAUAAAAUAAUGGCGCAAUCAACCAUCAUUGAAAUGAAAGGUGCCGGCGUGAAGUGCGCACAGCGAUGUAUAUGGGACCCCGAGACUGACGCCUACGUAGACGACAUUUUUAAGAACGACACCAUCUUUUGUUAUACAAUCGUCUAUGGAGUUUACAUGUAUUGAGUAUAUUCGAGUCUGUAAGGUUUUGGUAAAAGUUUUUCAAGAUUGAUGAGUAAGUUCCUAUAUAAGUUAUAUAUAAGACUUGAACUUCGGUUCAUAUCCCAGUUAUAAUAAGCAACAAUACAAUGAAUAGUUUUACAAAUUAAAGAAUAUUCUUUAUUCUUAUGAAUCUAUGCUAAAGUUUUAUGGAAUCUUAAUAUUAGUUUAAAAAUUUAUUUUCAUUGUCACCUAAACAUUGAAAGUUAUAGUUAAUAAUAUAAAUUAUGGUCGUUCUUGUUGUUAGUUUAUAAUUUCACGAAGAAUAUUAUUAACCAAUGCUGUUUGUUAUUUUACCAGUACAAUUAAUAAAUUAUUAGAUACCUUUUUCUUUCAUGCCUAGAAAAGAAAGUCAGAUCUGAGGUAAGACCAAAGGUUAGGUGUAAAAAUAA